AUGACUAAGCAAGCUGAAAUUCAACAGAAAGUGGUACAAAACUCGAAUAACACACGUAGUAAAAAAGGUGAAGGAGUACAUGCAGAGGAAAUUCGCAUCGAGAAGCAACCGAUCGUGAUUGACACAAGUGCAGAGAAAGUAAAUGAAGGUAAAUCAUGGGCAAAUCUAGUUACUGGUAACACGUUUGCUGCUAGAGGAAUGGGACUAUCGUUUGUGGCACCAGUGAUACAAAAUGGUGAGAAAAUUGUUGAAUUGCAGAAAGAGGAAAUUGAAAAGGAAGCUGAGAAGUGGAAAAUAACAGUUAUUAUGUACGUGGUAGGAGAUACACCAAGUAUUGGAGCAAUUGAGAGGUUUAUUGCAUCGCAAUGGAACUUUGUAUUAAAACCGAAGGUGUACUACCAUAAUGAUGGUUUUUUUGUAGUGAGAUUCAAAAAUGAAGAGGAAAUGAAUGAAGUUCUAUACUCAGGAUCAUGUACAAUCCAAAAUAGACCAGUAAUCACUGAGGCAUGGACAACAGACUUUGAUUUCAAUGAAGAGGUACUGAAAACUCUGUCGUUAUGGAUUAAACUACCAAAUCUGCCUCUGAAUUGUAGGGGAAUGGAUUCCCUGAGUCGUAUAGGGAGUGGAUUGGAAAUUCCAAUAUGUGCAGAUGAAUGUACAACAAAGGUGGAAAGGAUAUCCUAUGCUAGAAUACUUGUAGAAAUAAGCAUUACUAAACCAUUACCAACAAAGAUAACAGUCAAGGAUCCGAGUGGUAGGCAAUUUGAUCAAUCAGUUGUCUAUGAUUGGAAGCCAACGUAUUGUAGUACUUGCUUACAAUUGGGACAUAACUGCCAAACUAAACAAGCACAGCCUCAGAUGAACAAGCAGCAAAAACAGAAGCAUGAAUGGAAACCAAAAGAACAGGAGAAACAAGGAAGCACAAUUCAUAAGGCACAAGAAGCAGCAGAAAAUACAGAACAAGUACCUAAAAUGCAGAAUACAAUGAAAGUAACAACAGAGGAGAACAAAGGAUGGCAAGCGGCAAAAGGAAAAUAG